GUUGGCAGAGUCUGAUCACAUGUGAAUGAAGAGGACUGAAGACUCAAUGCCCUUCAUGUACAACUAAUUUAUUACAUAGCAGAACAGGAUUUUUUUUGUUACACUGGACUCUUUAUAACGACUUUAAAAAAAGGAAUUUAAACAUUUUAUUGUUUUAUAUGAUUUCAUCACAUUGGAAUCAGCACAAUACAGACCAUUAAAAUAUAGAUUUAUAUACGAAUUUGGACUUUGAAUUGUCGGUACCAUCCCCUGCAUCCUCUACACCACACCAUGUGGACCUUCCUUGGGGUCGCUACUUUUACCUACGUGUACAAGAAGUGCGAUGACUUACUGACCUCCCAGCGCCUGGAGCUGGUGGUUGCCGGACUGCUGUGCUGUACCGCUGGGCUGGUUCUGUCUGCGCUGCGCUAUAGAGGGAGGCUGGGCACGCAGAAAGAUAAGACGGGGGCACCGGGACUCGUUUCCCGUUUAUUAAACACGAACGGGACAGUGCAACCCGCAGGCCGGGGGCAGAAGGAGGUCAGGAAGGGCAAAGUAGAAAAUCGCAAAUUAGAUUCCACACAGACAGAUGGUUCCACGGCUUCUGCUACUGCUAAUUGUGAUCCUGAAGUUAUCAUUGUUGGAUCUGGUGUUCUUGGCUCUGCACUUGCCGCAGUGCUAUCUAGGGAUGGGAGAAAAGUGGCAGUCAUAGAAAGAGACUUGAAGGAACCUGAUCGGAUAGUUGGAGAGUUACUGCAGCCUGGUGGAUAUAAAGCUCUUCGAGACUUAGGUCUUGGUGAUGCGGUUGAAGGUCUGGAUGCUCAUGUUGUGCAUGGGUACAUUGUCCAUGAUAUUGAAAGUAAAGCAGAGGUGGAGAUUUCUUACCCACUGAAUGACGACAAGCAGCCACAGUGUGGAAGAGCAUUUCACCAUGGGCGCUUCAUCAUGGGACUCCGAAAAAUUGCCAUGGCAGAAGCUAACACUAAAUACAUUGAAGGGACUGUGCAGCAGCUAAUUGAAGAAGAUGACUCCAUACAAGGAGUGCAAUACAAAGACAAAGAAACUGGAGAUAUUAAGGAACUCCGAGCACCUUUGACUGUUGUUGCUGAUGGACUUUUCUCCAAGUUUAGAAAGAAUCUAAUUACUGGCAAUGUCACAGUAUCGUCACAUUUUGUUGGCUGUAUUUUGAAGAAUUCACCCCAGUUUAAGGCCAAUCACGCAGAGCUUGUCUUGGCCAAUCCUAGCCCUGUUCUUAUCUAUCAAAUUUCAUCCACUGAGACUAGAGUCCUUGUAGAUAUUCGAGGAGAAUUGCCCAAAAACCUGAAAGAGUACAUGAUAGAAAAGAUUCACCCCCAACUACCAGAUCAUUUAAAGGAGCCUUUCAUGUUUGCCGUUCACAAUGAUCGCUUAAGAACAAUGCCAGCAAGCUUCCUCCCACCAUCACCAGUAAAUAAAAAAGGUGUUUUACUUUUGGGAGAUGCCUACAACAUGAGACAUCCGCUGACCGGUGGAGGAAUGAGUGUUGUACUGAAUGAUAUUAAGAUAUGGAGAGAUCUUCUGCAGAACCUACCUGAUUUGUAUGAGCACUCAGAUGUUCUUCAGGCCAAGAAGACAUUUUAUUGGUCAAGGAAGUCAUCCCAUUCCUUUGUGGUUAAUGUACUGGCUCAAGCUCUUUAUGAGUUAUUUGCUGCUACAGAUGAUUCCCUGUACCAGCUGAGAAGAGCCUGCUUCAAUUAUUUCAAGCUGGGAGGAGAAUGCGUUUCUGGUCCCAUUAGACUUCUUUCUGUGUUGUCUCCCAAACCCAUGCUGCUUAUCGGCCACUUUUUUGCUGUUGCAUUUUAUGCUGUCUACUUCUCUUUCAAGAAUGAACCCUGGUUGACAAAACCACGUGCCUUGUUCAAAAGCACCGCCGUGCUGUACAGAGCAUGUUCUGUUAUAUUUCCUCUUAUAUACUCAGAAAUGAAAUAUUUGGUUUAUUGAAGCCAUCUACAGGACAGUUGAAUUCAGUAACCGGCUAUGGUUGGACCACCUGAUGUGAACAGAAGACUUUUGGUGCUGUCACCCACACACGACCAGACUGAAAUACAUGUUACGGCUCAUUAUAUUUGUUGAGCUAAUAAUUUUGAAUUAUUACAGGAAAAGUGAUUGGAAAUGUGGCAUCACUGGUUUAUAAUUGACUGUCAAUCAAAGGCAAAGUUUGCAAUGCAACAAUAACUGGUUUAUUCUGGAGAUCUGUAUCAGCAUCUCUUAGACUUUGAGAAGGAUUUCAUACCUAAAGAGUGGCUUACAACUCAAAUAUUUAUUUGCAAAAACACAGAGGUAUUGAUUUAAAUUCCUACAUUAUAUAAUAUUUGAUAUGAAAUAUUAAUUUAAUACAGCUGGAUAUGAGAUGUUUAUGCGAUUUAUAUUCCAUUUUGUCUAAAUAAUAUGCACCAGAUUGCAUUCACCUAGAAUAUGGUGCUGCUUAAAUUAAGGGUUACAAGUUUGUAAAUGGUUAAUGUACACACGGUUGUGCAUUACUACUUCCCAAACCCGUACAUCUAUUUCACAUUUCUAUCCAGAUGGAUCUCCUAUAUCGUGGAAUACAAUAUAAUUUGUAAAAUACCUCUCUGAAGCUGGUGUUUUGGUUACUUUAUUUUCCCUAGAGAAAGGAUUUUUCUUGUAUAAACAGUACAUUAAACUGAGUGACAGUUUCUAAAACUGAUGUAAAAUACCCACUGAUGCAACAAAUAUUCUACAGCGGUUUCUCAAUGAAACAUUUGAUAUAAAAAAAAAAAUCUUCCAUAUUUCCUUAUUUUGAUCAACAGAAUCCAGAGGUGUACUUCGUUUUUGUGCUAGGUAAAAUGUUGUCCUCCAGAUCGCCAUAACCCCAAUAUUUUGUCACACAACAGGAGGCCAAAGCUGCAUGGGGAUCAUGCACCCACACCUUCUAAAUAUCCAGAGAUAACUUAUUUUCAUAAAAGUUGGAGGGAAUACGAGUGGAAAGACAUGAUCUCAUAGAACCAUGCAUCAACCCCCCACCACCACCAAAUCCUGCUGUCCUGGUCUAAUUUGUCUAGGCUAAAAUACUCCUCAUUAUGUAUACAAAAGUUUACUAACUGCACAAAUAUACCCAAAAAAGUCAAAUUAUCUUGCUCUAAAACUAACACAGUGGGAUUAAUUUAAUUUCUUCACCAACCAUCUAAACAUGUUUUGCGAUUCUAAAGCAAGGAUGUCCAAAUCAUCGCUCUUGCACACUGCGUUUUGCUCAUAAAUGUCCUGUAGUUCUGGGUCCACAUUUAUAUGCAGUGUUGUUCUAUUUGUCUUUAGAAAUAAUUUAAUUUUUAUUUUAUUUUCACUGGCCUAUUGCUUAAAAGUAUAAAAACACAUUUAGUGUAGCCUUUCAUCUUUAAAAGCUGGGCAUUCCUGCUGUGAAGAAAUCAAGUCUCAAUGUUUGAGCAAAGCAGCAAUAUUUCCAUAGCUCUUAUAAGGCUCUCAUGACUUUUCUAUGUUGCUGUUUUUUAAAUUGAAAGGUUAACAACUGUGCUGAGUACUAAUAGCUUGUGUACCUUGGUAUAAUCAGUUUCCCUUUAAAGGAAUUUGUGAUUCAGAUAGAGUAUAUCAUUUUAAAUAACUUUCCAUUCUCUUGGUAAUCUUUGUUGAAGAAGCAGCAAUGCAUUACUGGGAACUAGCUGAAUGUAUUUGGAGAGCCGAUAACAUAAACCAUAUAUAAGCAGCCACCAGCAGCUCCUGGGUCUACCUAGGUAUUCAUUUCAAUAAAGGAUAUAAACAGAACAAAACAAAUGAGAUAAUAGAAGUAAAUUGGAAAGUUGUUUAAAAUCACUUGCUCUACCUGAAUCAUGGAAGCUUUUUUGGGGUUUUUAUGUCCCUUUAAUCAAGUGACACAAAUGUAAAAAUGACAUUCUAAUAAAUUACAGCACAACAUUUAUGUCCCUUUAAUUUUCCAUAUAUCGUCAAUACAAAUUGUUGAAUUAUUUCUUCUGUUAACUGAUGUAUGUAAAAUUUACAUAGGAUCUUUCAGCAACUUGACUACCAUUACAUCUUCAGUCUUUAAAGGGAUUCAUGGAAUGAUUUUUUUUUAACUACCUCUGUGAAAACCUGAUGUGGAAAUAGUUGCUUGAAUUGUAAAAUAUUUAAUUUGCAUAGACAAUGUUGCACAAUGUCCUUAAUUGUGUUUGGUUUUUUUUUGCAUUUUUUUUAAAAUUAAUAUCACUUCAUGUUUGACUGAACUGUUCUCAAAAGCAAAUAUAGUAUUUUCUGCAAAUUUUUGUACAGUAUAUUUCACAUGUAUAGUGUAUUGUUUUUAUUUUUUUAUAAUAUGGAAUAAACAUUUAUGAAAAAAAAAGAACAUUCAGUUUGGGCAUAUGUGAAAAAAAAUCAAAGUUAUUUGUAUAUAAUUUUCCUCUUUUCAUAAACAGUCAUGACAAUUCAA